GCCUCUUGGUAUUUCUCCAACAUUUCGGCUAACGAGUAACCUUCUUUGUGGGCUUCUUGGCGUAGUAAAGCGUCAAAUUCAGGCGUUACUUUGCCAGGAGAAAGUUGACCGAAAGAAAUUAAAAAACCAUUUAAUUACUAACCUGGAAACUAAAGGAAAAGAAAUAAUUAAUGCUGUUAAUAACGAAAUCUUGACUGACCUUAACACCCUAAUAAAAACAGGAGAAAAAGGCGAACAAGGAUUAAUAGCAGAUUACGAGAAAAAAAAGAAAGAAAUUAUAGGACAGCGAGAAAAUAAAGGAACGCAUCAAACAGCAAGAACUGUCGGGUUUUCUAUUUAUUCUUUUGUUCCAAUUGCUGGCGGAGGUUCGAGUACUCUCCUCAUAAAUGAAUUAUCAGACGCAAAUAAAAAACUACAAGAGAGGUAUACAGAGAAAGAAGUAAACCAAAUUGCUGAUAACAUAGCCCAAGAAGCCAAUAAAUUUCAAAUCGAGGCAAGGAAUAAACUAAUAAGAGUUAAGGAAAAAUAUGAGAACCUAAUAAAAGCCAGCACUCAUGCGUUAGAGGCACAGAACAAAAAAUUAGAGGACCGAGAACGAGAAAUAAACACACUCAAAACAGACGGAGAAAAUACGCUAAAACAGAAAGCACAGGAAUAUCAAAAUCAAAUAAAGAAACAAAAAGAAACUUUAACCCGAGAAAAAUCCGAACUAGAAAAGCAAAUUAACAACCUGAUAAGCGAAAAACAGAUAAUCACCAACAAUUACAACCAAGUAGCGAAAAAGUGCCAAGAAUACGAACGCAUAGCCGCCGAAACUGCCGAACGAAUUAAUAACCAAACCUUAUUACCUGACCCCAAGGAUUUAGAUUUACACAAAUGA